UUAACCGAAAAACUAUGGUCACUCUACAUAAAGUAGUUGUUGCAGUGCUUGAUCGGCUAUCGACCGACCGCCACAUUCAGCUAGUGUUAAUUUUUUACAAGCGCUGGUCACUCUACUCUACGUACGCUAAGCUUGAUCGACUAUCGACCGACCGCCACAUUAAAACAGCUGUGAUCAUUUUGUAAACAAAGCAAUUAAGUUGCAGCGCAAUCUUGAUUUAUUAUUGUAAAUAUUAAAGUGAACAAUAUAAAUAGUUAUUAUUCUAGCUGCCAGUCUACAAAUUGCACAAGCAUAAUUUGUUUUGGGAUUAUCUUAUCGCAGUCUCAGCACAACAAUAACAAAGCGUCAAGCGGCAGCCAAGAGGAAAACAACAAUAACAAUAACAAUUGCAACUGCAACACGAAGCAAACCACAAAAGCACAACCGCAACAAAACCACAAUCGGCAGAAAUCAUCAACACUGGCGCGCCACUUUUGAGACUUUUAAGACUCUCCUCGGGGGUCAGACGUGGCUGCGAAUGCGGAUGCGAACUCGUCCAUGUCACUUGCAUUUUGACAGCGCCAACGAACCGCAAACACCCGCGCAAAAGUCAUGACAGCACCCGGAGCAUCUACAGUGGCAGCUGCAGCUAUGCGCCCACCUCCACCUCCCCCCUCACUCAACACGCUGCUGCAGCUGCCCGCUCAGAUGGAGCUUAGCCAAAUUGAGUUGAUCUAUCGGGCGGAGGGUAAUGCAAAUUUGGUGCUGGCGUUGCCGCAAUUUAAAAAAGUUUUACGUUUGCCAAAAAUGAUAUCCAACAACAGUCAGUCUCAGCUCCAGUCUGAGUCCCAGUUCCAGUCCCAGGACAGUUGCCAGCCGAACAACCCAACAAGGCCGGAAAAACAGCCCAACGUUUCCGACCCAACUAAAGCUGGCGUCUUGACAAUGCCGGAUUUUAUGGCUUAUAUCGAGAUAAUGCGCCGUCUAUUAGGAAAUGAGUUUGUCUGCGAACCGGAUAUUGUUGCCAUACCCAAGGAAAGCGAUAGAUUCUGGAUAAGCGAGCAUAUACGCAACCAAAGGCCGAUUGGGCGUCUGGAUAAGGAAUUUGUGGGGCCAUUCGGUCUGAUGCUGCCAGAUGUGACCCAAUUGCCUGCCACAUUCGAUGUUUUACUUGCCAAUUUACAGGCAAAGGACAUGAACACGGACAUGAAUGCCGACAUCUGCAGCGACUCCGAGUUCGACUCCCAGGCCAGUUCCAGCUCCAGCUCCAGUUGCAGGACAGAGAUGGGAACAAAGGGGAAUGUGGGUGGUAUAACCUGUCUGGGCGAUACAUAUGCCAUUGAAAUAAAACCGAAACAGGGCUGGUUGCAGUUGGCAAGUGAUGUCAGCGAUUUAUUUGAUUUAAUGCCAGCGGGCGCAGCAGAGACAAUGGACAUGGAUGCGAGCUGCAAUCCGAGCAGGCGAGGACAGAGACAGGGACAGGAAGAGGGACAAGCACAACAAGGGUUAACGUUAACCCCAGACAAGUGCAGGUGUCGCUAUUGCAGCAUGCAGCUGUUAAAGCUGCACACGGGCAAAAUCAAACAAUUGAGCGACUAUUGCCCAUUGGAGCUAUUUUCCGGUGCACCCGGUCGUAUGGUCAAUGCCUUGAAUGCACUUUUCGCCUGCCCGCAAAAUAAUUUACGUGUAUUUCAGUGCGGCAAUUUAAUUUAUGGCGAUCACGCGAAUUCGAUUUCCUGUGAUGAGCUGCAUACUCGCAUUUUUCCAGGUGAAAUUAUGGCGCUUAUAAAACAUUUGCUGGUCGCCUGCCUGCUCAGGGAAUAUAACAAAGCGGACCAAAAGGAGCAGGAGCCGAAACGGAAAGAGGAAAAGAGUAGCCAAAUCCACGUGGCAGCCAUGAAGACAAAAGCAACAGCAACUACAGAAAUUGGCGUGGCUAAUGUUGAGGCAGCCUGGAGAGUAGAGAAGGAGAAAGGGGAAAAGAGGGGAGAAGCGAAAGGAGAAAGCGGAAUUUUUGAGUUUGUCAAAGCUGUUGCUGGUCAGCCGCAGCGACGCUCGACAACAGCAGCAGCUGCUGAAAAAGCGACCCAAAGGUACACAAAACGUAGCCGUAUAGCAACAGCAACAACAACAACCGAAACAACAACAACAACCGAAACAACAACAACAACUGUAACAACAACGUGCUGUGAAAGCACAAGCAGCCUGUCAACGAAUGUGGCAACGCCAGCAAUUCGAACGGAAACGGAAACUCGAACACUGACAUCGUUGGCGACACCGUCUCUGUCUCUGUCUCACUCUCACUCCCCAUCUCACUCGCACUCGCCGCAUCCAAAUGCGACUCGAGCACAGAUCAACAAAGCGGAAAUAUUUCACUUACCAAAAAAUUGUGUGCUGCAAAAAAUUUUGCAUUUGCAAUUGUUGGUAAAGCGUCAUUUUCAUUACAUGUGGCAAACGGGGCAGGCUGAACAUGCCACGCCCAGCUAUGCGGCACUGCGAGGGCUGCUUAGUCGCUGUCAACAGAAUCCGGAUUUGUUUUCAGCCUUCGAUUCAGAUUCAGUGGCAGAUAAUGUGGAUCAGCUGACGGCAGAGCAGGCUUACAUGUUGGGCGCCACGGCACUGGAUUGUUCCAUAAUGUUGACAUUUCAGGAAAUACGCUGCCACAGCAAACACAACAGCUUAUUGCAGCCCUGGCUCGUCACAUUGCAAGGACAUCAGUUUCUCACCAAGCUGACUGUUUUAGAUCUCGAUCCCAAGCCGGAUAGUCACUUUCACAAGUUCGUAAAGCAGUUGAGGGAAAUUGAAAAGUGCUGCCGAGCAUUAAAUUAAUUAAUAAAGUCUCUGGAAAAAGCGUCUAAACAACAA